AUAUUUAUCAGACGACAUUGUUCACACCCUUCACAGUUCGGCACUCAACCAGAGGAGGUUUUUUUUGUUACACUACGCAUAAAAGAACAGCUUUUAAAAGUUGAUAUAUACCAGUGGGAUGAACCGCAACCUAGCUUGAGUAACAAAAAGGAAUCAAUAUUCAACGCUAAUCAUCAUGUACGCCAGUGUGAAUAUGGACAUUGGUUUUGACUUCAAAAUGUAAAAUCACUGAAUUUGGUCAAAGCAUUUGAAAUCCAUAACGGUUUAUUAGUAAGUCUUGAACGCCAAUGUGUAUGAGUGAGCGUUAAUUGGUUUUCACCGCCACGAUGAACGUCACGGUCUACAAAAAGCUCCCUUGCUCUUAUUAAAGAUUAGUAAUAUAAAAAGAGUAUCAAUGGAGGCUUGGCAUAUCACAACUGGAAUUACGUCGAAGAUGAAUUCAAACGACGUUCACGUYCAACAACAUUCGGAAGAUGCCAACAUAUAGCGACGAAGAACUCAACUAUUUCAGACUGUGUAAAAUUAUCACUAGUGUUAUCCCAGAAGGUUUGAGAGAGAUUUUCAAGCAGCAAUGGGAUACUCACUACACAACCACACACGGACCAUGGAUGGACACGCCGGCCAAUUUUGCGUCCUUUCAAAGCAUGGAGUCUCCGAGGAAUCGCAAAAAGAACAAGCGCCUUCUGGGGAUAAUGAAAAAUGGUGACCGAACAAACUGGGACAGCACUUGUUUAUCGUAUGCCAUUCUGUUCUCGGACAGCGUUGGACCAAGAUUACAGCCUAAUGUCAAGAACAGUGUGAAUAUCUUACGCGAGAGCCGGAAUGAAGUUGCCCAUAAUACUAAAGGAAGGUUGAAAGAUGCAGAUUUCCAAACAUUUGUUCAAAAAAUUAUGAUUGCAUUUAAAACGCUAAAACUCGAUACAAUUUAUUUACUGGAGCUGAAAAGGCAAAAAAGCUUUCCAACAAGAGAACUGAAUAUCAUCAAAAAAGAAUUGGAAGAUGAAAAGAAACGAAAUACAGAGCCAAUUCCUUUUUGUGUCUUACCACCGAAGUCCUUCCAUGACCAGAUCACAAGAGAGCACGAAGUCCAAGAUAUUUCCAAGAAGAUGAAAGAACUGUCCAAUCGAAAGAUGGGAGAAACAAAGACAGUUUAUCUUUCAGGUAAUCCAGGAUGCGGUAAGAGUGUACUUGCUGGGCAGAUUGGAGAUGAGUAUUUUGAUUCUGAUGAUACUGUACAACCAGCUUUCGUCAUGACAAUCAAUGCGGCGACCAUGGAUACAUUGCUCCAGUCCUAUAUCGACUUUGCAGCGAGGUUAAACUGUUAUCCAGAUUCGAUAACCGAAAUUACGACGUCGAAAGACCUCUCCCAAGAAAAGCAGAUACUGCAACUUAAAGCUCUUACCGCCAAACAGGUCGACAAAUAUGCCUCCUGGUUAAUGAUCGUAGACAAUGUAACGAAUCUUAAAACAUACUCUAAAUUCUGGCCACAAUUUGGCGAAAAGACGAGUGGAGUCGGUCAGAUCCUUGUCACUACCCAAGAUGAACAUUGUAUUCCAGAUAAUUUUCACACCCAGCACGUUUCCCUAAAAAGAGGAAUGAGCGAAGGAGAUGCCAUUGAAGUUCUUUCUAACGUAUCAGGCAUAAGGGAAGAUGACGAAAGGAUGCUCGAAGUCGCGAAGAGUUUGGAUCUUCAGCCACUGGCACUUGCUUGCGCCGGAGUUUAUAUGAAGAAAGCCACGUCCACUACAUGGCAACAGUUCCUUGAGAAAUUAGAUCAAGGAAAACGUGAAGCCACUGAAAAAAUGUUUCAAGAGAGCAGUCUGAACUAUCCAAUGUCGAUGACCCUGGCGGUACAAAUGGCAUUAGAACGAGAAACUAGUGGAAGUAAAGUCAUGUUUCAUGCGUUUGAAUUCCUGUCUGUCUUGGCUAACGAUCCUAUCCCGAUGAAAAAUGUGGUGGAGUACGUGAUGAAAUGCUUGCCUCAGGAAGAUGAAGAAGUAGUGGAAUCAACUGUUGCCUCAUCUUCCUUAUUGAUGACUUCUGAUGAUGGAGGUGAACUCCUCACUCAUCAAAUUGUAUAUCAUUGUCUUCAGGACCAUGAUCAAGUGAAAGGCAAGAACGUGGAUAUAUUUAGUGCUACAGAAACUUUUUCAUAUGUGCUGAAAUUCUUUAAUAAAAAUGCUGUCAAAGAUAUAGUAAAAUCAAGAGGCUUUCUUAAUCAUUUCGAACGCUUUUCAAGACUUCUACCAUUGUAUAUCGUACAACAGCAAUCCAAGUGUCAAUCAUAUCUAAACGAACAUGGGGAAACUUUUAUAAAAAUCCUUAACACCAUUGGUAGCAUUUGUAGUGUUCAUGGCAAGUUUAAAACUGCGAAAAUGUUUUUUCAACUAUCAUUGUCAAUGCAACUUCCAUUUUUUGUAAAGGAAAUGGAGAACUUAUUUGUGGAAUCAGAUAUCGUGAAGUUUAAUGAUGUUAGAAAAGGGCUUGACAUGAUUUUGGAAAAGGCAAUGUCCAUCUUCAAGAACAAAAACGUUUCCUGUGACCAACCAGACUUGACGCUGCUCAGUUGUCAUCAUGAAUCUCUCAACGAAACUGAAAAAAGAAACAUAGCUGAAACGCUAUCCAGCCUUGGUAUAGCUCUCUCCAACUUAGGGGAAUUCUCUGAAGCAAGAGAUUGCCACAAAGUUGCACUUAAUAUUUGUGAAUUAGAAUGCUCCAACUUAGGGGAAUUCUAUGAAGCAAGAAGUUGCCUCAAAUCUGUACGUGAUAUUUGUGAAGUACAUUGCUCCAACUUAGGGGAAUUCUAUAAAGUAAGAGAUUGCCUCAAAGGUGCACUUGAAAUUUGUGAAUUAGAAUAUGCGUUUAACCUAUUAUGGCUUAAGUUAAAAGCUGCUAUUUUAGACAAUCUUGUAGAAAUAUCAAAAGAAAUGCAGGUUAAGAAGGAUGUACAACAAUAUGGUCAAUAUUGUCUUUUCAUCAACGAAAAGAUAAGAAAAUUUGCUUUAUCGUCGCGGAAAAGUACCUGCUUUUACAAUGAAGGACAUGGCCUCUUUUACAAUGAGGGGCGAGGCCUAAAUGCUAAUGUUUACAUUAAGGCAAGCUCAUACUACGGACUAGGAAAGUCACUGUACUCCUUGGCAGCCCACAGUGAAGAUCGCUACAGUGCAAAAUGUGUAAAGGGAGCUAUAACGCAUUUCAAAAAGGCAUUGAAAAGGUAUGAAUCAGUCUACCACGACAGAAACCAUCCCAAAGUGGCACACACUUUAAAUCAGCUUGGACGCUGUGCUUUUCGUUUGGAGAAAUAUGAUGAGGCAAAAUCUUACCACGAAGAAGCACUUUCUAUAUAUAAGUCUAUUUAUACUGAAGACCAUCCGAUGGUGGGAUCAACACUCAGUAACUUAGAUAUUGCUGAAGUUCUUCGUGAUUUACAUGAAUAUACUGAAGCAAGAAUGUGCUAUGAAGAUGCUUUAGCUAUAGGCAAUAGCAAAGACUACCCAUGCAUCACUGAAUCACUAUUAGACCUUGGAGAUAGCUGUUAUGAAGAAGAAAUGUAUUCUGAAGCUCUAAGAUGUUACGAAAUCGCAUUGGCCGCAGGGGACCAUCUUCCGUAUACUUCAUUAGAUAAGAUUAGCACAGCAUUUCAUGUACAGAGACAGCCACAUGAAGCAAAAUCAUUGUAUAACAAAGCCCUAACCACUGGAUAUGGUAAAGACUGUCCAUUAGUGGUUAAAGAAAUCUUCAAUCUUGGCACAGUGCUGCGUCGCCACGGAAAGUUGAAUAAAGCAAAAUCAUGGUAUGACAAAGCGUUUGCGACUGGGUAUGGAAAGGACUGUCCAUCUGUGGGUGAAGAAAUCUUCCAUCUUGGCACAUUGCUGCGACACCAGGGACAGUUGAACGAAGCAAAAUCAUGCUAUGACAACGCGCUAACGACUGGGUAUGGAAAGGACUGUCCACUUCCAGGUAGAUCAAUCUUCGAGCUUGGCACAGCGCUGCAUCACCAGGGACAGUUGAACGACGCAAAAUCAUGCUAUGACAACGCACGAACGACUGGGUAUGGUAAGGACUGUCCAUCUGUGGGUGAAGCUAUCUUCAAACUUGGAACAUCGGUGAGAAACCAGGGACAGUUAAACGACGCGAAAUCAUGCUAUGAAAACGCCCUAACGACUGGUUAUGGUAAGGACUGUCCAUCUGUGGGUGAAGAAAUCUUCCAACUUGGCACAGCGCUGCGAUACCAGGGACAGUUGAACGGAGCAAAAUCAUGGUAUGACAAAGCGCUUGCGACUGGGUAUGGAAAGGACUGUCCAUCUGUGGGUGAAGAAAUCUUCAAACUUGGCACAGCGCUGAGAAACCAGGGACAGUUGAACGAGGCAAAAUCAUGCUAUGACAGCGCCCUAACGACUGGGUAUGGAAAGGACUGUCCACCUGUGGGUGAAGAAAUCUUCAAACUUGGCACAGCGCUGAGAAACCAGGGACAGUUGAACGAGGCAAAAUCAUGCUAUGACAGCGCCCUAACGACUGGGUAUGGAAAGGACUGUCCACCUGUGGGUGAAGAAAUCUUCAAACUUGGCACAGCGCUGAGAAACCAGGGACAGUUG